AGAGCUUAAUUAGCUUCUGCUGCUAAUUAGACUCCCCUCCAUCUCAUUCCAUAUAUAGCCGAGAUGGCGUCCGGCUCCAAGAGCAGCUCGCGCAAGCUCCAGGACUCGUGGACCAAGGAGGAGAACAAGCGCUUCGAGAUGGCGCUCGCCCACUUCGACGACGACACCCCGGAUCGCUGGGUGCACGUCGCCAGGGCCGUCGGCAACAAGUCCGUCGAAGAAGUGCAACGCCACUACGAGCACCUCCUCAAGGACAUCGAGCUCAUCGACUCCACCCAGGAGCCAUUCUACAGUUACCCGACCACCAAUGACAGGCGCCGCAACGGCACCAGCGACCAGCAGAAGAGGCUAAGGUUCUUAAAGCUCCAAUGAAGCAGAAUCUGGGGAGCGUACAGUAGCAAUCUUAUGAUGCGAUGUUAUGAUGGACAGCCAUACGUAUAGUCUUUAGGUGUCAGGUUAUGUAUCAAGAAGCAUCAAGUGUGGAAGCCAUGAAGAAUCAGACAACACUGAUGUUGUAGCGGUAGCUGUGUUACAACGUAUGAUGUAUGUGACCGUAUCACAGACUAUGUAUGCUGUAUGUAAUUUGCUAAAAAUAAAAAAGAAAUAUGUUGUAUGUAUUGCUGGUACUAUAAUUAGCAUGAAAGUAUCUAUGAUAUGUUUCUUCCUGAGUCAUCGAUGUUCUAAGCGUUGGCCUAUGAGACAAUAUAUUUUGGCUUAAGUUUGCUA